CCCAGUUUUGCGGCAGGCGGUAUUUCCUACGUACCGCCUGCCAUGCAGGCUAUGUUUCCCUUGGAAAUUUUUGUUUCCUUUGUUCUCUGAUAACUACAGUAAUAUGUAUAGCUCAGUUGGCUGCCUACCUCGUUCCCAGGCUUUUGGAAUUGCUGUCGCCGCGUUGCUAGGCAACAAACAUUUUCAACGUAGAACAUGGACGACAAAGUUGAAGCGACGUUUUAGAGUAAAACUUUUUUUUACAAAAUGCCGAAGAAAUCAAAGAAAGGGAAGGCUGCCAAAGGCAAAAAAGAAAGGUAAAUAGCUGUAGUUUAUACCUAACUAUUAGUUAUAACUUAUGCAUUGUUAGAAUAGCUUUGUUUGAGGUUUUUUGACCACGUUGUUUUGAGUAUGCAGCCUAUGCUAUAUUUGUUCAGUGAGUUGGGAUAUCAUCCAUAUCCCAGGUAUGUAAUUAUAUUGUGUAAAAUACAUGCUCUGAUACCUUAAUUGUUUGUGUUUGGAUGUGCAUACACGAGUCUGCUUUGUUUAUUAUUAUUACAAGGUUUGGCAAGAUUUUUUACAGAAAUUUAAUAUUACAACAUGUACUAAAGUAUAAAUAUUUCAAUCGCAAAUUACAAGCAAUUAUCUUCGGCAUUUCAAACACUGGUAAUUUUACUACAUUCUUCCGAAGUUUUAACUUCAAAAGUUCAUUCUUAGGAUCUUCAAAAAAGUGAAUUAUUUUUGGGUUUUUGACAAUAUUUUGUCAAAACCCAGAGUGAAUUUGAGGGUGUAUUUCCGAAAGAUCUUCGGCGCAGAACAGCGACUCGAACAAAGGUUGGCGCACAUUUUUGGUGCAGAUUGAUUGCAAAUAUUGAUUUGGCACAGAAUGAUCCCAAAGAUCAAUUUGGCAAUGAUUUGGUGAAGCAAUUGAGCAUUUAUGUAUAAUUGUUUUUGUUUGUGGAAACACCACGAACAAUGUGGUGUUUCCACAAACAAAAACAAUUCCAUUUUAUCGCCAUGCAAACAUUCAAAGAACUCAUUUAUGUAUAAUAGUAUAUUUGAAAUUAUGAUUUAAGAAGAAUGAAAAGCCAAAUUUCGAAAAUUCAGUGAAAAUUUCGGAUAUUUCCGAAAACCACAUAUUUUUUCGCAACAAUUUUCUUGGCACAGGUUUUGGCGCAGCUUUACAUGAAUUCGAAAAAUCUUCGCCGCAGAAAAAUUGAGAGAUUCACCCUCGGUCAAAACUAUAUGCUGGGGUCACCUACCCUGUGCUGAUGUCAUAUUUUUUAAAUCUUGCAAAAAAAUUUUAAGCCCCACAAUUUGCUUCUACAGUUAUAGCAAGUGUAGUGCCCUAUCCUGAUAUAAAAGUUCAAUUAGUCCUAAGUACUGAACUGCUAGAGAAUCUGAACAAUCAUUAGGCCAUGCAAGUAAAAAAAUUCCAGGUUUCUUAUCAGACGUUUUUUAAAAUGCAAAUGCGGCAGGCUGUUUUUAUUUUUAUUUUUAUCCAGUUAUUUUUUAACAACAGAACUUAAAUUGUUUAAUAAAAACCACUAUUCUACCAUGUAUAUUUAUUUAAAAUAUAGUAUUUAUAAAAAAAAACAUGAGGUUGGUGGCCAUUUGCAUAAAAUAUUACACUGCUGACCACCCACCGCUAAAUAUUUCGUGUAAUUGUUAUUUAUAAAAAAAAAUACAAAUUCGGGCACUGAUGAGAAACCGGGAAUUUUUUUCAGUUGGCCUUACUUCUGACAUUUUCAUGAUCAACUUUCAAUCUAUGUAGUAAAUCAAAAAAUGUUGAAGCAAAGAAAGAUGCAAUUCUCAAAGAUGCUACAGCGAACGCUUUAUUUUGGGAAAGCAAAUUGGAAUCAUCAGAAAGAAUUAAAAAGGAAUACCGAGACAAUGCAAAACAACUUCUGGUUGAAAAUGAAACUUUACAAACUAAGCUCAAACAAGCAGAGAAAGAUACCGUCCAAGUGAUCUCAUUUCUUAAAGAUGAAGAUAUCAAGAAGCAAGAACAGGUACCUCUUAAGUCGAUUUAUUGUUCUUUCUCAUACUGCAGAUAAUUGUACUACACACAUAAAAAAGAUGUGUUCGCAACAGGCUUGUAGCAAUUAAGCUUGUCAACAAGUUGUAACAAUCUACUAACUUGUGACGAAGGGCCUUCGCUCGAAACGUCGAGUUUCUGCUUAUUUUUUAAGGUAGUAAUAUAACCACUCAGCACAGCAUUUUCACAUUGGUACUACCCACACUGGUACAGACAGUUUUAGUUGUUAUUUUAUUUAUCAACUUGCUAUAAGGUUGUCACUCACAACUUGGUGACAAAUUGUUGAAUUGCAGGACAAUAACAGGUUGUUGGAACAAUUACUUGUAACAAGUCUGUUAAGCUCAACAUUGUAGCAAGUUAUCAACAAGCCGUUGACAAAUUGUCAACAAGCCAGGAACAAGCACAUCCUGUUGAAAAAUUGUUGGAAAAGCAUUGCUACAAGUCUGCUGCAGGUUUUUCACAACUUUGCGGUUUUACGUGUGUAUAUAGUUAGAGUAAAUUUAAGGCUGCAGUGCAACCCAAUGGGUUGAGUCCUAAUUAGUGAAAAUAUAAAAUCUUCCUGUGAUUACAAAUUUACUAAAAAUAAACAAAUAACAUUAUUUAGAUUGUCAAAUCUGAACAACAAUUUAAAGAAUGUAAAAAGGACUUAACAUUACAAAAAGAUAAAUUGGUAAGUGCCUUUCUUACAGCUCUUAAUUAACAUUUGAUUAUUUUUUAUUUUGAUUACUGCCCUCGGCUUAUAUGCCUACAUAUGGAUUUAGCAUUUGCAUGACAUAUUAAUAAAGGUGCUAAUUAAUGUAUUAAGGUUGUUAUUUUUAUAGAUUGAAAAGUACACACAACAGAUCCGUGAAUUGGAAGAAGCUUUGGAUGAAAAGAACAAUGAGGUGAUAUUACAUACACUGACAAAUAGGCAGUUGCGAUAUAUCGAUAUUUUCGAUAAAUACCAAUAUUUCAAAAAUAUCGAUAUUCGAUAUUCAAAUUUUCAAGAACAACUUAAUCUCCGAUUAUUCGGCAAUUAUUGUUUUCAUCGGUGAAGUUUAGAGAAGGGGGUAAUGGGGUAUUUUCGUGCUGCGUAUUGGGGUAAUUUAAUUAUUCAUUCUUCGUUCAGUCAUCUUUUUAUUAAACGUUUUUCGAUCCCGACAUGGAUGCCGUGUAUCGUGCUUGCGGUGUAUUCAAUAUCCGUUCUCCGUUUUCAGCUGUAUUUAAGACGGUUAUUUCUCGUUUCUGGACAAUAUAUUCCAUUAAUUUUGUUUCUGGAUUUUAGCUAUGUUUUGAUUGGGGAACGCAGGUUUCAAAGUUUAUAUAAAUCAGGAACAUCGACGCAAUUGUAAACAAAUAGGUGAACACACCGCCUAGUACAGACUGUUUAUAUUCACCUUUAAGACUUCUAAGUAUGAUUGUUGCUUACAUUUCAUGUUCACUUUACAUUUCAGAUUCGUAAUAAAUUUAUUUUACGUGCUUCAGGACUUCCUUCUUUUAUUUUCAUGCUUCAAGAUCGCUGCAUUAUUUUUCGUGCUUCAGGAUCGGUACCCCCAUUACCCCCCUCUUUAGACAACAUGUGUACAGCGGCAAUUGCGAAUUUAUGAUACAAGUGCGUGGGCAAUUGAAAUUAGGGAUGAGCCAAUUAAUUGUCCGUUUUUUAAAUAAUUGGUAAUCGGCCGAUUAUUGCCUGAUAAUCGGCAAAUAAUCAGUCAUAAGACUUUUUCUGCAGCUGCCAAUCACAUGCUAAAAAACUGAAUACAAGCGAAUAUAUUUUCACAUUUUGUUGCCAAACCUGUGUCUUUUGUCUCAAACCUGUGUCUUUUGUCACAAACCUGUGUUUUUUGUCACAUUUCCACUAAAAAAACGCAGCAGACUAGCUCCGCAUAGCUGACAGUGUCUUGUUUUUACACCAUAAUCUGCCAAAACUAAACUUUCACUAUUGACAUGAGAGACUGAAGCUGUUUUUAAUUGUACAAAGUGUGUAUUGUAAACAAUAAAACCGCAUUUACAACUUCAUUGUUGGUCAUCUUGUGAUUUUUCCCUUGCUUUUUAAAAUAAUCGGUGGGUAUCGAUUAAUCGGUGGGUAUCGAUCAAUCGGCCGAUUAGUUACAAUAAUCGGCUUAUAAAUAAUCGGCCUCAGUAAUCGGCAAUUUUCCUUAUCGGCUCAUCCCUAAUUGAAAUUAAAAGCUGAGUUGGAGAUGUUGGUAAACCGUAGUUAAUAAAUCUUUAAGACGUACCAUGACUGGUUUCAUGCACUUCUUUUUAACUGUUUGUGAUGCGUAUACAUGCAAGUUGACUAAAUUACGUUUUCUCAUUUGCAUUAUUUGAUAUAGUCGAUAUUAUCGAUAUUUUUUUCCGAUAUCGACAUAUCGAUUUUUUUCAAUAUCGCAACUGCCUACUGACAAAAAGUAGCAAUUAUAACAAAUUAUUAUUUAAGGAGUGGGUUUUGACCAUUUGGCAGACUACUUUUGGUAACAGGAUUAACCUAAAAGGAUACAUUUUCUUCUUUGUUAGGUGCGACUAAUUCAAUCUGAGUUGAGACUUGUGAAAGAAUUUCGUAAGAAAAGAGCACAGAUGCAACGUGAGUUAGAUGAGGUACAGUAUGUACAUUUAUUUUGCAUGUGAACAACAGCCAUCAAAUAUGAUGAAACUAUUGUUAUUGAAGCAUUGUCCUAUUUGACAUGUAUCACUGUAUCAACAGAUUGCAAGACAAUUAUGUUGUAAUAUACAGCGUAAAUUAGGGCCCCUUUUUCAUCGCAAAUGACAACAAGUUAGAAUUUGAAUCAUAAAUUUUGUAGAUCAAGGACAACAUGUUUACAAAUGAAAAGACACACAAAAGCAUCUUGGGUAACAUGGAACAGAAAUUUUUUGAGGAGAAGGUAUGAUCAGAGAAAAAUUCACAAUGCUAGCUUUCAUUUAUCUAAUAUAUGCCAGACCAUUUUGCUCUGAGCUAUUACUCUAGGGGAUUGUCUUGAACAUCAAGCAUUUGAAUAAAUAAUUAACACCAGAUGAUUUUACUCAUCCAGGGGAGAUUGCUGGGACUCAAUGGUUGAGCAUGGAUUUAACAAACUGGGCAAGUUAGUAGAUAAAAUGAAGUAAUAAAUUCCCUUGUGUUUAUAGAUUCGCUUGCAGCAAGAAUCAAACAGAAAAAUUGCAGAAUUAGCAGAAAGAGCUCAUUCCGAAGCUGUAAAGUAAGUCAUGAGUGACUUCACUUUAAGAGAUGUACAGUCUGUUAUGUGCAUAAUUUAUAUACAUUGGAGUUUCCUGAGCUUGUGAUACAAAUAAUGGUUUAUUAACUAGUUUCUAUGUUAACUCUUGCCUGUAGUAACCUUGACGAGACCACUCGCUCGGUCUACAAAGAAAACAUCAGGAUUAAUGCUGCUCUUGAGUAUCACAUGGCAGAAUCCAAAGGACUUAAAAAGGUUCAGGCAUUAAUGUAACUGUUAACUUAAAACAGUCAGUAUUUCACAAUUUGAAUGUGCUGUACUUUUGCAUUGAAUAUUAGUGAUUUUUUCUUGCAGAGGAAAGAGCACCUGGAAGUUGAAAAACGAGAAUUAGAAAAUGAUAACGUAAGUGAAGUAUACCUUUAUGAAAUACAACUACAUCAUUGCCAUCAUCAUCACCUUCAUUGCGAUCACCAUCACUAGCUGUCGUCAUCACCAUCGUUAUCAUUACACCACCAUUACCUUCGCUACCACCAUCAAUGCCACCACCACAAUCAUCACUAUAAUUGACAACAUCACCAUUAUCAUCAUCAGACCAACAUUAAUUAUCCCCAUAAUCAACACCAAUAUCAUCAUCAGGGCAGGUGUCAGCUGUCAUGACCACCAACAUUAAUUAUCAUCACCAUAAUCAACGCCAAUAUCAACACCAUCAUCAACUCAUCACGACUAUCAUCAUCAGGGCAGCUGCCAGCUGUCAUGACCACCAACAUUAAUUAUCAUCACCAUAAUCAAUAUCAACACCAUCAUCAACUCAUCAUCAUCACCAUUGUCGAACAGUAACUGUGUUGAAUGACCAUAUAUUUCUUCUCACUUUAUGAAGGAGUUGAAUGGAAUAAUAGUUCAAGAAAAGGUUGUUGAGUCUCAACAUCACAAGAAAAUGAUAAAAGAGGUACAGUAAGUACUCAGGGGUUUUUUUCUCAGGAUUUUCUCUUGGGUCCGUUUUUGCAGAGAAGAUUGAGUUUAGCUGAACAGCUGGGGGUCUGGGGUAGUUGCGGGAGGCUGACACCUGUACCCAAUAAGUGUAGUUGAGACGCAAUGUGUUAAAGCAGACAUUAUAAACUGGUUAAAGAUAGAGAAUGCGUUGUUUUUCUUGUGUUGUGAAAUGAAUUCCAGCCAUUUUUUAUUUAUUUAUUUAUUUAUUUAUUAACUUUACAACCAUACAUAAAAUAGACUAAAACACUACAUAAUAUGGUUGAAGGUAUGGUCAACAGGACAUGAAUAGCCCCAUAUGAAGACCAACCUUAAUGAUAACAAACUAUAACAAACAUAAAUCAAAGACGAUAACAAAUAUAAAAUUUACAGAAAACAUGACGAAUUACGAACAACAGCUUAAGUUGAAAGAGCGGCACUUAGAACAGAAGGUUUUCCAUUUUCUUAAUUGUCGUGUUUCCAACUGAAAACUAAUUUGCACAUGUCAUGAAUUUAACUCAAACAACUUCAUUUUUACUGCACUGAAUCGUUUGGUGAGAAGAUUGAGUUUCAAAACUCAAUUCAAGAUUGAGUUUUUGGGGCCGUUUUACGGUCUUAAAAAAUCCCUGAAAAAAACCCAGAGUAUUGUAGUUAAUUGCUUGAAGGUCACAGGUUUGAUUCCUGAGAUGAUUAAUAGGUCUAAAAUUGCAAAUAUCCUUGAGGCAAUAGUCUGUGUGUAUGUUCUGUAAUUCUACAGCAUUCUAAAAAAUAUCUUCUCUGUCUUACAGCUGCAAGAAAAAGUAGAAACGCUUGAAAAGUCAUUGAGUCAUGUAAUUCGUGAAUUUGAAGUUGAAAGAAUGGCCAUUGUUAAAAAGUCUGGAGAUGACAACAAACAUGCAUUGUAAGUACAGUAUAAGACACAGUUGAAUGUAUAAGUAAUUAAUAGACAAUUUAUGUUUGAAUUUCAAUUAUGUGGAUUGGUUCCAGUGCCAAGACCAAAAUGAAUAGGUAGAACCUACUGUAGUUUACAAGUUAUCAUAUGAUGUUCCAAAUUCAUCCAUUAUAUUUUUUCAGUACAAUUUUAGUAUCUUUAUCUUGCAGAGCUGAAAUAGCCCGGUUGACAAAAGUUGUGGAACUGAAGACAAAGGAAAUGAACCGUGUGAAACGUCUGGCAAAAAACAUUCUGGACCAGGUUUGCAUUAUUGUUUAUUUUAGUUUACAAAAAUAUAAAUAGUUAACAAUUUAUAAGCUAGAACAUAUCAUGUCUAAAAAUGAGACUGUAUUUGAACUGGAAUCUUUUACGUUUCAGAGAAGCGAGAUUGAACAUUUCUUUUUGGAUUCUCUGGAGUGUGUUAAAAAUGAGAUUGCAAAAAACAGGUAUAGUGCAUAAAUAUAGGUUGAUGUGUGAUAAAACUCACCACUGCAUUGUCCGCAUAAAGUUGACCCGAGCCGAUAUUGACCAUGACAGAAAAUGUUUACCCCAAAACGUAGGAUCCCAGAUACUAGGGGUGCACCGGAUUUCAAAUCCGGCCAUUUAACGAAUUUUCCGGCAUCCGGCCGGACUUGGAGAAAAUCCGGCCGGAUUUAAAUUUCUGUUUUCACCUUAAAAAAUUCACCAAGAAUGGGAUAAACCAUCAAUUUGGCAGCUUUAAAGUUUAAAAAACACUUAUAUUAUUAUAAAAUAUUAAGUUAUUAACAAAAAUAUAUUUGAAAAAGGUUUAAACACAAUCAAAAAUCUAAACUGACACUAACUAAAAAUAGUAAAAAACAUAAACCUCCAUUUUGAAUACUGAUUUAUCCCCAAUUGUCCCCAUUACCAGUUUAUCUCAAAUCCGGCAAAUCUGGCCGGAAUUUUUGUCCAAAUCCGGUAAAUCCGGUUCCGGCCGGAUUUGAAAAUUCCAAAUCCAGUGCAUCCCUAAAUAUAUUAUUUCCUGCUAUAUUCUGUGGGAGAACUAAUCUAGACUGAAGCAAUGAAAUGAAGGAUAAAGUUAGCUAACUCUGUAUGUAUAUCCUUUUGUAGAAGUCACUAUCGUAAAGAUGCGCAAGCAGCAUACCAAGAAAGAAUGCUAGCCGCACACAGCGGUCGAGGUGAUUAUCCAAAAAUCAGAACAUUCAACCAAUGGAACACUAGCACCAACAGCGUAUUUCAUGAUCUCAAAGAGGCAGAAACAUGGACAGGACUCGAAGACAAGGUUGAUAUUUCUGACUUAACAUGGGAACAACGUGAACGUGUCCUUAGACUGCUGUUUGCCAAACUCAAUGGUCAUAAGAGUAAACACAGGU